AAAAGGCUGACACAAAGGGGCUUUCACUAGAUAUACACAUUUAGAAAUGUACACAUAUUUCAUAGUAUAUAUGAAUGAGUCUAACCAUUGAUUGUUUCUGUGGAAAUUUAUAUGUAAUGUAAAACCUAAGUGCUGCGCUGCGUCAAUAUGUUUAAAAACUGUAUCUAAAAAAACCAAAAACCAAAAGUAGACUUUGUUUUUCACUUUAGCAAAUUAAGAAACAAAACUCAUCGUUUGUCACCUAAACAGAUGUUUUGGGAAUAUACUGAUGCACUGAUGUAAGCAUGUUUGUGUGCCUCAACUUAUCUUAAUUAUAAACAAAAUCAUAAUUUUUAUCUUCUAUCCUUGUAUUCUUGUUAUGUUCUGUCACAGGACACUAUACAACACUAUAGACACUAGACACUAUAUCAAACCGCAGUCUGCUGCUGUUGACUGUCCACCUGACUGUCUCUGAUAUAUCCGGUGACACAGAAUGAAAGUCAGCAUUGUGUUCUUAGUCACAAAAAGAUCAUAAUCUGAUGGUUAAAUCAGUCAGAAGACAGCUGUGCAACAAAGCCCUCAAAAUAAAAUGUAAUUUAAGAAUUGCUAGAACAGUCUUUAUAUUACUUACAAAUACUCGCUGAAGGCGAGUUUAAUUUUUAACCUUUGUUUAACUUUAUACCUCAGUGGCCUGUUUCCAGUGGCUGAAGCUCGACAUCCUGACUGAGAGAUAUAAAGUGUGUAAAGGACCAACCACAGUACUUAAACUGCAGUUGUAGCUUUGAGGUCGUCUUCCUGCUUUGAAGUGAAGAACAAUAAAUAGAGUGAGGGUGUCCACAAAGUCUCACAAGAGGCUGAAGGAAAUAGGAGGAGUACAUUAUGACUUCGCUGUGCAUCGCAGUGCUGUGAAGAUGAAUUUGGCAAACAUUUUUAUUUUCAUUCAGCUCUUAGGAGCCCAUGCAGACGUGAUAUUUAGGCGUCUGACAAAGAACCAGUCACUGGAGCUCUCCUGCUCCCCUCAGCAGGACCUGGGCCGUCUGAUGGGCCUCCACCUGUACCACCGCAGCUCCCAGAGCCAGACCACCCUGCUCUCCAUUGCAGGGGACGGCGAACACAGGGUCAACCCAGAACACAGGGGGCGUCUGCAGCUCUGCGGACGACUGGACUCGCCGCAGGUCAAUGUGACCAUAUCCCACUUAGAGCACAGUGACACAGGCCUCUACAUGUGGGAACUGAGCUACGGAGAGGAGCUCAGCCCUGAUCUCGUCCUCAGUGCUCAAAAGGUUUUCUUGCUGGUUGAUGGGGCAGGGAGGCCAUGCCAGUGCUCUCCCAGUUACCCCCCUCUCAUCUUUACCAUCUUUGCAGCAGCAGGACUCGUUAUGCUCACACUCGGCUGGCUGGCCGCAGAGAAAUGUGUAAAGGCGAGGCGUCAUCACAGACCACAGCCUCCUGUUCCUAUCUAUGAGGAAAUGACCAGGAAGCAGCAGAGCGCAGGAAUCCCUCAAAAUAACCAUGAGGCCCCCUCACACCUGGAGGAAGACAACUUCCCUGUGUACGCUAACCCCAACAUCCGACAACCACAGGACAACUAUUACGCCUGUCCCAGGCAGCUUGCCCUCAGAGCCUGACGUGACUUUUGCCAUUGAACUAAUGGUGCAGAAAACACAUACAGGAAAUGACUCUGCUGCAAGAAUAUGAUCUGAGAGUUGCAGAGCAGCACACAUGCUGCACUGAUGGUAAACCUUCGCCCAGGAAACAAGAAAGAUCUGUGUGGUGCAGCAAACGCAGAGAGUGGAGCACCAAAUAAUCAAAAGGCACAUUUUUUAACAGCCAAGAAAAAAAAAAAGCUAUUUUAUUAAUAUUUGAAAGAAGCUCCAUAGUUCAUGAAAACAUUUGUUUCGGUGCAUGUCAUUUAACAAUCACAUUCUAUGAGGAGAAAGAGAUAUACAGAGAGAAAAAAAUAAAA